AUGCAAUCAAUACCAUUUGUAAAAAGUCAUAGAAGGACACCAUCAGGUAGAAAACAGAUGGAUAUAACGAUUGAUGUUGAAGCACUUACAAAUGAUGAAAAGUUAAGUCGUAGUUUACAUAGUGGCGUAAGAAGAAAAUCAACAGGACAUAUAGAUAGACCAAGAUUAUUUGAAUUUUUCAUUAUAAUUGGAGUACCACCAAUCGAGGGUACAAGUACAGUUGGUUUAUCAACAUCACCGACACAAACAUCAUCAUUAGCAUCAUCAUCGUCAUCACCACCAUUAACAAGUUCAAAACCACCUUUAUUAAGAUCUUCUUCACCCAAUACAACAUUACCAACAUCUAUAGGGUCUACCACACCACCACCAUCAUCAACACCAACGUCAAAUUUAGCGGGAUCAUCAACAUCAGUAUCGUCAUCAUCAACAUCAGCACCAACACCACCACAACCAACAUUUAAUAAAAUAGAACAACCAAAAAUACUGUACCAAUAUCCACCUGAUAAACCAUUGGAUGGAUUAUCAGUUGAGUUUUUCCCAUUUCCAAAUGGUGUUGCUGUAAGCUCAGUAUCACAAACUGCAUCACACACCAAUCUAUUUCAAGUAUUAUACCCACAGAAACAUUUAAAACAACCAGAGGAUUCAUUCGUUUUCAUGUUAACAGAUGAGAAAAAAGAUGUUCUUUACGGAGUUUGUACUACUAAAAUAUCUUCAAUUGGCACUAUCAUCAAGGGUGAAAAAUUUGAGGUUGACAUUAAUGAUGAACCUUGUCCCGAUGAAAGUAUACCACAAGUUGGUGAUUUAGUUCAUACUUCACCAAGAUGUUUUUGUAUACUCACUAAAUAUCCUUUCUUUCCAUUACAUUUUGAUAUUAUCUCUGGUGUACUAUCACUUCAACAUAUGCAAGAAAUUACAAAAUUUCAAAAUUUAAUGUCAAUUUCAAGUAGAAAAAAUAGAAAACAAUCAAUUUCUUCAAGUUCAUCACCUUUACAACAAAAACCUACAACAACUACUACUACCACUACCACAAAUACAAAUACAAAUAAUAAUAAUAAUAAUAAUAAUAAUAAUAAUGAAAUUAGUUCAGGAGUUACAACAUUAACAAUUACAGAUUCAAAUGAUAAUACAACAACAUUAGCAAAAGUAAAAACACCAAAUAAAACUUUACCAACAGGAAAUGUUAUUGAGGAUCCAUUAGUUAAUAAUUCAAAUUUUAAAGUUAGAGAAAGACCAAUCUUAGAAUUAAUAGAAUAUUUCUAUAAUCAACAAAUUCCAAACAUUGGUGAAACCAUUUCAUAUAAUAUUUCAAGUUUAGAACAAAAGAUCACUUUUAAAAGAGGUGCAAAACAAACUAAACAAGAUUCUCAAAUGAUUGAUUAUAGUGAUUAUAUGUUAAAAUAUGGUUUAUUUACAACGGUUCAAUUAGUACAACCUAAAAUUUUAAUUGUUAUUUUAAAUGCAAUUUUACUAGAGAAAAAAGUUAUAUUUUAUUCAAAAACAAUUAGGUCAUUAACUUCUGUUAUAUUUACAGUAUUAUCAUUAUUAUCACCAUUUAAUUAUCAAUCAGUUAUUUUACCAUUAUUACCAAAUUCAGUAUCAUCAUUAUCAAUUGUUGAUUUAUUAUCGGCACCAGUACCAUAUAUAAUUGGGUUAACAGAUGUACCAAAGGAUGUUGAUUAUAGUGAUAUAGUACAAUAUGAUAUUGAUACUGGAAAACUACAACAAGGUAAUCAAAAAAUAAUGUUAUUCCCACAUUGGCAAGAUCUAUUGAAUGUAUUGACCAUCGCUCAAAAAGAUAUUAAAACAUCAUUAACUGUAAAUAAAAAUAAGGGUUUCUCAUCUCCAACAACUUCUUUCAUACCAACUGAAGAACAAGAAUUAAAACUUCAACCUUUUGUAUCAGCAAUCAAUAAUCAUAUCUCUGGUUUAUUCGAUAACUUUAAAAGACAUUGUGUUAGAAAUGUCACUCAUCAAAAAACAAUCUCAGUUUUCGUUAAAGAAUCUUUCAUGUUCACUGAAUAUCCUGAAGAGGAACAUCAUCAAUGGAUUGACGAAUUCACUAAAACUCUUAUGUUUUCAAUGUAUUUAGAUCAAAAAUUACGAAUUGAAGAUAAUGAUCAAUUGGAUGAAUCAACUUAA